GCAUCAAAUUCAUCAAUUUAAGUGGCAUUUAAAGAGGAACGAGACCAUCAUCAUGGUAACCCUGAACACUCAAUCGCUCACCGUGCCUGUGGGAAUAAUCCGACUGUUUGAGUUCACACUAACGCUCAUUACCUUCAGCCUGGUGGCUUCUGAAGGCCACAACAGCACUUCGUUCUGGGCCUGGUGCAUGUUCACCUGGUGCUUCUGCUGCUUCAUCACCCUCCUCAUCAUCAUCCUGGAGUUCACCGGCCUGAACGCCAAGGUGCCCAUCUCUUGGGAUGACUUCACCACGGCUUUUGCGAUGUUGUCUACACUGAUGCUGUUGGCCGCUUCCGUCAUCUACCCCACGCUUUACGUCUGCUCCUCAUGUUCGGUCAAGAUCGCGGCCACAGUGAUGUCCUGCGUGUGCUUCAGCCUCUACGCAGCUGAGGUGGGACUGACCCGAGCCAAACCCGGGGAGAUCAGCGGGUUCCUGUCCACUGUGCCGGGCUUGCUGAAGGUCCUGGAGGCGUUCGUGGCCUGCAUCAUCUUCAUCUGUCUGGAUUCUGACUUUUACAGCUUGUUUCCAGGGCUCCAGUGGUGCGUGGCCGUCUACUCUAUCUGCUUCAUUGUUUCUCUACUUAUCAUCAUCCUCACAAUCGGCAGGUUGUUGGCUCGAAUCCCCUUCCCGCUGGACAAAUGUCUGACGGGGUACAACAUACUGGCGGUUGUAAUGUACCUCACGGCUGUGGUGGUGUGGCCCGUCUACAGUUUCCAGAAAGUGGAGAGACCACCAAACUGCAGAAACUGUCUCUGGAGCAGGCUGGUUGUUGUGACAUGCAUGACUUGCAUCAAUCUGAUCGUCUACAUCGUGGAUACGGUUUACUCAGUGCGUCUGGUGUUCUUCGUUUCACCUGCCUAAAAAACUUGAGAGUAUCCUCAUUUUUAGGUUGUGAAAUGUACAGUCUAUUAAAAGUAACCAGACUGUUGCAUCAGCUUGUAUGAGAAUAGGCAGUUUUAAAUAUGCUCAUACUGAUUUUGUUGAUUAACAAACGGCCUUGCGGUUUAUUGAAAAAAAAAAUCAUUCUGAAAUAUGUUGGCCUUAUGGGAAGGAUUAAAGAUGGUCAUUUUAUAUCACAAACAUUUCAUGUCUGAUCAUUUAAAAAUUUAUUUUAUGCGUGCGUCUGUGUGUAUGGAUAUGUAUUUUGGUUUCACAGACUUUUCUGUCGUUCUCUGUCGCUUGCUUCUACUGUUGUUUGCAAAUAAACAGACCAGUGAAAGCGCAGAGAGCGAAAGAAAGAGAGAAAACACAUCAGUUAUGUAUUUAUGGCAUCAAACCCUAAUGCUCCAAUUGAUUAAUUGUAUUGAUUUCUGUUAACUUAAAUCUUUACAAUUAGUUUAAAUUAAUAGAUCUUGGUAAGUAUUUAAAACUUUCUAGUAUUUAUGAGGUUGUGAAAAUGACACUUUUUAAGUUACCUGAAUAAUUUUUGUUGUUUUAAUUUACACAAACUGUUUCUUUAAAGUUACAUCAACUUAAAAUCUUUCAGUUUGCGUCUGACGUCAUCCGUCUAAUUUUCUCCUCAUUCAUAUUUUUUUGUCUGGAAUAGCCGAGAUAUUAAAAACAAAUCACUUUUCUUUCAGCACUGGUUUGAUCAAAUUAUUUUAAUCAUAAAUCAGUUGUUGAAAGAGGGUCAUUCUACUAAGAUAGAAACUCUUUGUCAUUUUAAUAUUUCCAUUACCCUAAAGAAUUUGCCAUUGUUUCGGAUGCCAUAGAAAAUGGAGUUAUUAGACUGUUUCAAAAGAUACUGUUUCUUUUACAUCCUGCUGUUUCAGUGGUGGGAAAACAUUGAUUCUCAGUCACAAAAAUCUAUACGUUUGUUAUUUCUUAAUGAAUUUGUGUCAGUUCCAAAUGUUACAGUUUAGUGGAAUGCUUUUGUUUCUGAUAGUGCACGGAGGAAAGUUUGGCUGAUUACGAAUAGAUACUGCAUUACUGAUAAGAUAAAAGAAAUUUCAUUUUGAAUUAUCCAUCGUAUAUCCUGUCUUAAAUAAAUACAGUGAAGAUAUCGAUACAAACCGUUCUUUUUGUAAACAGCACCCAGAGACUUGUGCAUAUAUUUUGGCACUGCCAUUACUCUAAAUUGUUAUGGAAAAAUUUUUCCUUAUUUGUUAAUGAGAAUAU